AUGAGGAAGAAGAAAAGUUCUUCAAAUAUUAACGAAAACUCCAUUGUUGAGAAUAUUGAAAGACUUCCUUCUCUGGGAAAAGUUCCCGAACAUGAAGGUGCAAUUUUAAUGAGCUCGGAGAUUUCUAAAAGCAUGAAGCGUUCUUCUUCUCAAAUCUCUGAUGAAUUGGCGAUUUCUUCAUUAUUAAGUAAUGCAAAGUUUACUUUAUCUAUUGUAAAAAUUGGUGGUAAUACAAAGACCAAAUAUGAAAAAAAUACUCACGGUUUUAUCGUUGUUCAUAUUUUGUCAUGUAAAGCAAAUUCUCUUAUUUAUACAUUAGAUAACAAAUACGAAUUUAAAAUGUCGAAUGGAAGCUAUGUACAUAUUCCUCCUAACCAUUUCUUCUCAUUCCGGAAUCUAUCUAAUGAAUCAGCCAAGGUGUCUUUCGUUGUAUUGCCAAGGAAAAUUAAACCAAUUGAUGGUGAGCCUGCAUUCCAUCAAUUAGUUGUUAAUUGA